CUCGCUUCUAUGGAUAUGAUGAGUCUCAAUUCGUAAAUCCAAACACAUGGUCUUUAAAACAUAUCGUCCAGUACAGACAUCUCUAAGUGUUUGGUUAAAAAAUUCGUUACUUACUCAUCAGAUUAUUUUCUUGUUAUUAAUGGGAAUCCUUGUGGGUCUAUCAUGUUGGUUACUAAUUUGGACAUCUCGGUUUUCUGACUUCGAAAUCAUCAUGAAGUCCUAUUACUUUUCUUCUGGAAAGCUUUUAUUGCUUGUUUCAUCGAUAUUUGGAGCUGGAGUAGCUGUUUUUGGAUACUGCAUUUUCAACGUUGAUAGUCCUACUUUAUUAUUAAUUCACAUUAUUAGCAACUUUAUCCUUAUUUGGGCGUUUCUGUCAGUAAGCGUUUGUGGAUUUUUGCUAUUACUGGAGUUGGACAUAGAAUUGCCAGGUAAAUUUACAUCAGCGAUAACGAAAUAUUAUGGCAUAAAUAUGUCACUUCGUCGAAAUAAGGAUUUAACCACUGCAAUAAAUGAGAUUCAAUUCAAAUUUAAGUGUUGUGGUACGCAUGGUGAAAAAUCAAGUAAUUAUUCAUGGUUUAUUUAUAGAGGGUCAAGCACGUGGUUUUACAUUACACAAGAGCUAGGUCUAAAAUCAACGAUCCAAUACGUUCCAGAAAGUUGUUGUGUUUUAAAAAGUCCCAAUCUUCAAUUUAAUUCUUUCUCAGAAAUUCAAUCACAAAGUGGUGUUUUCCUAGACAGAGAAUUAUGUAUUGGUUAUAAGUCACUUACAACAAGAGACGAUAUUGCACCUCGUAUUGAUAAUCCAUUAUAUACCACUAGAAGUAAUACAUAUCUAUAUGAAAAGGGAUGUGUAACGGUAGUCAGACAAGAGUAUCAACAAUAUUCUAUCAUGUUAGCUGCUUCAGGCACAACUGCUCUGGUGCUAUCUAUAGUUGGAUUUAUUCUUUCACUGGUUCUACUAUUCCAUAUUGAAUAUCAACAAUUUGUUAGAAUUUCAACGGACUGGAAUAUUAAUACUAGUACAAUUAAUAUACAGUCAUCUAUACAAGACAAUAUCAGCACUACAUCUAAACAGUUAUCAGAGAAUGAUGUGUUAGUUAACGCCUAAAAUAUACUUAUUGAGUUACAUUACUUUAUAUUACU